CUGCUGGGUAAACAUACACAGGUGAUCAAAUGUAGCACUGAUAAGCCUUUUUCUGGAUCUGCUCUAAAUGGCAGACUCAGCACACAAAUGUCCACACACACAGACACACACACACGUGGGAACAACUCACUUAUCAAAAGAUAUACCUUUGGUAAAUAUUACAUCUUUGGAAAGAGCCAUUGAUUUGGGCAUAAAUAUAGCUUCAUUAAUAAAUUAUAAAAAUACCUGAGGUCAACUGAACCAUUAGAGCUGGACUCUCAUCACACUUUUUAGCAACCCUGUGUUAAAAGAAUAUAAUCCAUGGAAACUUUGAAAACAAAUGGUGGUAAAUUUGAUGGUAAAGUGAUGGUAAAUGCAAGUGUCUUUUUUCCCACGCACGAUGGUAUGGAGGUGUUUCUAUCUGUGUAUGUGCCUGUACAUUAUGUGACUGAUAAGCCUGGCAUUUCAGCUGAUUCCUCAGGUUUUGGAGUACUCUGAUAAUCCAUAUUUGGGCUUAACAGCACAUUUGAACAUAUAUAAAAAACUGGAGUCAAACUUCAGAUGCACAAGUCCACACAGAAGAUCUGAGGUGAGUUGAGCUGUAAUUGUCUGCAGCUCUUUCUUCCAGUGUGUGAGGAUUUGCGUGGUUAUGGUUCAAACACUAUCUUUCCCUCUGAGAUGAAGCUGCAGCUGAUUCCUGUCUGUGUCCUGCAGGUCUGCUGGGAUGGCUCGCAUGUCUGUUUUCAGGUUCUCUGCUCUGACUCUGCUGCUUCUGUCUGCCUGCUGUUGGGCCGACAAUGAGGUGGGACCAUCUCCAGGCCCAUAUUGUAUCACAGUGUAGAUAUUAUUGCAUGUUUAAAGCUGCUGUGUUAGACAUCAUUAACACUGAGUUCAGCUGCUGCUGUAACUUGUACUCUCACAGUCACAGCCCUGAUCCUGUCUCACAGAGGAAGCCUGUAUCUUUCAUUCAUGUCAUCAAAGUUCAGUUUGUGUUCACUAAUAAAUGAAAGCAGGGUGUUUUGUGGCACAGACCAGCCCUUAAAGAAGAAGAGUGCUGUGCAGAGAAACAGCACCUUAGCUUCUGUUCUGCUGACGGUGUAUCCCUUAAGCUGUUGUCUCUGUAGCUUGGAUAGUUUAAUGUGAUCAAUCCAUUUUAAGACACAGUAUUUGGUUAUUUGGCCGAGGAAGUCUGUGAACUUUUAGCUGUAAUUUCAUGUUGUGUUUCUCUGAAUUGACAUGUUUGUGUUUUCUCUCCCACCUGCAGGCAGAGGACUUUGCUGAGGAGGACACAGGGGACCUUUCUGUCUCUGAGCUUCUGGAGAGAGCCAACAGUAAUCUGAUCCGCUCCGACAAUGAUCCCAUCCUGACUGAAGGAGACAUCGCCAUCGACAGGGAGGCCGAGAAAAACGCUGACCCCUGCACCAGCCGAGGCUGCAUGUGGGGCAAGUGGACUGAUGGGAAGGUCUACAUCCCUUAUUACAUCACCAAUCACUUCUCCUCCCGUGAGAAGGCCAUCAUCACCCGUGGACUGGAGUCCUUCUCCUCCUUCUCCUGCAUCCGCUUCAGGCCCAGCAGAAGCAGUGACCGUGACUGGCUGAGCAUUGAGUCCCAGAACGGCUGCUACUCUUUCGUUGGCCGUCGUGGUGGUAAGCAGGUGGUGUCUCUGGCCCGUAGUGGUUGCCUUUACCAUGGCACCGUCCAGCACGAGCUGCUCCAUGCUCUGGGAUUCAACCAUGAGCAAACCCGCUCCGACAGGGACAGCCACAUCAAAGUCCUGCUGCACAACGUUCAGUCUGGAAUGGAGCACAACUUCAGGAAGAUUGCCACCCUCAACCAGGGCACUCCCUACGAUUACAACUCUGUCAUGCAGUACCACAGGUACGCCUUCUCUAAGAACAACCAGCCCACCAUGGUCCCAAUCCCUAACCCCAAUGUGUCCUUUGGCAACGCCAAGGAGAUGAGCCGCAACGACAUCGCCAGGCUCAACACGCUCUACAAGUGCUAAGAAGCCUGUCCAGAUGUCCUGACAGACAGAGCAGAGGGAAUAUUGUCUCCUGAUGUUCGCUGAACAACAGAAGCUGGCGACCUGAACUCAUCAGCACAACAGUCAAUGAUCAUCCAAUAAAGUUCCU